AUGACACCUGAGCCGUCACCGCCGGUUAAUCACUCCCUCUGUCCAAAGACGGAGACUGGCCGAUCCUUCUCCCCAUUCCCUUCAGUGGCUUUGCCUGCAAGCAGGGUGAAGCUGAGCGGGUUCUUAUCUUUACCGGCCCCAACACCUUUCGGUCAGGACGACGAGGUCAAUGAACGGUCACUUGCAGAAGAUUCUCACCUAGAUCGGCUCCUUAUGUCACGGUCGCUACCAGAAUUGUCCGUCCUCUACGCUGGCUUCGGAUUCGCUUACCGUGAAGGCCUUGACAACAUUUUCGUCCUCAGUGGUAUCCCCAUUGCCGUGCCCACUGUUUUGUCCAUCAUUCAGAUCAGCAUGCUCACCACCGACAAGCUCACCAUCGACCGCAGCACUAUCAAGCCCUACAGCCCCUUCUCCGCCGACGAUCAUAUCCUGCUCACUGCUGAAGCUUGCCGUGCGUCGUGCGUCGGUCUUCGUGGAGCUCCCAACGAAUGA